AAGCUCCUUUCCCCGAAAGCGAAGAGGACCAGGGCGGAAGGCGCAAAACCCCACACCCGCAAUUCCAUUCACUUUGCGAUUUCGAGCCCCUUGCCUCGCUCCGUACCUCCGUAUUCCUCGCGCCAUGACGGCCGUUCUGUCGCCCGGCUCGUCCCCCGCGACUUCGCCGCCUGCCAUCUCGUCUCCGGCUGCCAAUGCGGCGCAUCCCGCGCUCCCUCCGCUAAUUACCUCGCCACCCGCUCGCAGGAGCAACCUGCCGCGCCCCAUGUCGCACGCCUCCAAGAAUCGCUUGUCGCAGUACUCGACGACGAGCUCCGUCCCGACGAGGUCGCGCCCGCCCUCCCACAUCUUCCCCCUGUUCCCCUCGAGUCUGCCGUACACCCUCGUGCGGGACUUCGCCUAUCCGCCGUCUCACCCUCUGCACUAUGGCCCGCCGCCGGAGCCCUCACGUCCGCCUUCGGGCAUGACUACCCCGGCCAGCGAGCAGCGACGUUUGUCGGACCCGCCGGCAAGUUGGGAGAGUAGGACCAGCUGGGAUGACCGCUCGUGGGGCAGCAGCUUCUCCAGCCGCCCGGCCGACCUGCCGUCCAUCCAGUUCGCCGACGGCCCGCCGUGGAGCGAAGACGAGGAUCUGCAGAGUCCCGUGGUCAGCUCCAGACAUAGGAAACACAAGAGCUCAUCAGCGGCUUCCUACGGCAAGCGCCGUGGCAGCAGUGACGCUGCCCGGGUCGGGUCGGAAAAUUACGAUCGCGAGAGGGGAUACAACGUCGGCGCCGGCAGUGACGGCAACCAGAGAUAUUAUGCCAACCAAGGCAACGAGGCCAACGGACCUGGCGGCGAGUAUGUCACAUACCCUCCGGAUGAGGCGCGGCAAGGCGAAGGCGCAUACCAGGUUGCGAAUCAGCAGCCACGCCAAUUCGGGGAAGCGGGCGACUACGGGUCGGACGACUCGAGCACGUGCUCCUCCCCGGGCUACCACAGCACGGACGAGUCGCGCUACUCGCGCGACUACCAGUUCACAAUCGCGUCGCCCGACGAGGAAAUGCACGGUAAGGCCGUCGCGCUGUUCGACUUCGAGCGAGAAAACGAGAGCGAGCUGCCCCUGGUCGAGGGCCAGAUCAUCUGGGUGUCAUACCGGUACGGCCAGGGCUGGCUGGUAGCCGAAGACCCCAAGACGCAGGAAAGCGGCCUCGUGCCCGAAGAAUACGUCCGGCUGCUGCGCGACAUCGAAGGCGGCAUGACGAGCCUCACGGGCCAGCUCAACACAGGCGACGCGAGCCCCGCCAGUCACAGCACUGUCGACGCCGGCACACCCACGCAGGCAGAGCACUCGGCCGCGCACCAGCUCCCACACUCGCCGGCCGCCACUACGGCCAGCGGCUCGUCCGCAGCCACGAACAACACCGCAUCGACCACAACGACAACCACCAACGGCUACCAACAACCGAUUGUCUCGACCUUCUCCACGUCAAGCAAGGACCUCGACCCCUACCCGCAGCAUCUGCUUGGAACACAGGCCGGCCAGCCCCCGCCGCAGGUUGUGCACUAUCACGGCCAGCGUGGCGGCAGUCAGGCAAACACACCGACGCUUGCCGUCCACCAGGGAUUUGGAUCCCGGCGGGCGAGCCAGGACGCAACUUCGAAAAGGGGAGAGGCGUCGGCUGGCGGCUUGGAGACGCUGUCGGAUGCGCGAUUAGAGACGUCCGGGCCUGGAAACAGAAAGUCGAGGUGACACAGCCCCGGGCAGGAGGGAGGGGGGGAGUCUUGAUACGCAAAUACGCAAAAAGGCAGGUGAUAAGACAACGGAAGGACCGAAGCAUGUUCCGAUUCCGUACGG